AUGAAGAUUCAAACUGAUGACCGUCCUGUCUCAAAGAAAAGAAAAACUCGUCCUUCCUCUGUUUCUCAAAACUCUGAAGAUGAACCAUCUCAUCCUCCACCUGAGGAUACACCAUCACCACUACCAUCCUCUCCACUACGUAACUCUCCUGAUCCUACUCCUUCUCCUGCCUCACCUGUCCCCACAACAACUCAGUCUACACCAAUCCACAAACUGACUCCACUUCGUGAAGCCGAUCCUAUCCCUGAGGAUGCCUCAAAAUCAGCUUCUCCUCAACAAAUGGAAGAUGGUGAGGAGUUAUAUUUUGAUCUGAAUCUAUCUUAUCCUCCAUCUCCUACGGAUGUGCCUAUGGCUUCUCCUCCCACUGUGCCAGUGGAUGAAGAUGUAAUCCCUCCACCAGAUUUUUCGCAACAAAUUCCUCCUGCUGCAAACUUUGACAAAACUGCUCAACCUCUCCCUGAGGUUACAGGUGUGUUCAGUUCCCUUGACUCCUUCUUCACUGCCACAACUCAUAACCAGUCAAAGGACAAGGCUGGGAGCUCUCAGAAUAAGAGUUCCAGUGUCAAUGACCAGCCUAAAGGCUCGGCUCCUAGCACAAGGAUUGGGGAAAACACGAAGCAGAUGAAACUCCUAAAAUUAAUUAGGAAAGACCAGAAGAAAAUUCUUCAGCGCUUCACUCAUUUUCAGAACUCUUUGGUUCAGUUUGGGCUCAUUCUUGAAUGGGUUACCAAACACUUGGUUCCUACUAUUGCUCCUGGAGAUCUUCCUCCUGAGCUACCAGCCCAGCCAAACUCUGAUGUUCCAUCUCCUUCAUCCUCAUCAGAUGACCCAGCCUCCUCAGAUUAA